AGUCAAUAAGAACUGAGAACGUCAACAUAAAUUUAUCAGUUUUGCAGGUUUAUCAACAAAAAUUAUUGAAUGUUAAAUAUCUAUCUUAUAAUUAAGCAAAAUACAAUAAAGAAGUAUAAUGCAAACCUUUUGAAAUUAUUAUCAAUUGAUAUUUGAAGAAACUGUUCAUAUAUAAUCAGCAUAACUGUUACCAAAAUGGACGAGUCUAGACUAGAGAUGUUUGAUGAUAUGAAAGGUGUUGUAGAAGGGGAAAUGACUAUUCCAAUUUCUAGAACUAACGGUAACUUGGGAUCUCCAGAUUUCAAUACCUUAGAUGAACCUAUAAGUGAAACUAUUUUAAGAGAUGUGAAAGCUGUGGGAACAAAGUUUGCUCAUGUUUUAAUACCAACCGAGAAAAAGUCGUUACUGAAAGAAUGGGAUCUCUGGGGGCCUUUGAUAUUAUGUACUUGUAUGGCUAUGAUUCUUCAAGGGUCAAGUGAUUCGGAUUCAAAUGAUGGAGGACCAGAGUUUGCUCAAGUAUUUGUAAUUGUGUGGAUAGGUUCUAUGAUAGUCACUUUGAAUUCUAAAUUGCUAGGUGGAAACAUCUCCUUUUUCCAGAGUGUCUGUGUUUUAGGAUACUGUUUACUUCCAACAGCAAUUGCGUUAGUGACCUGUACAAUCAUUUUGUUAGCCGAGGACUCAAAUUUUCUUUUUUUCUUGAGAGUAGCAAUUUCUCUGAUUGGUUUUGGGUGGGCUACAUAUGCUUCCAUCAUUUUUUUGGGGGAUAGUCAAAAAACAGGAAGGAAAGCCCUAGCUGUCUAUCCAAUAUUUUUAUUUUACUUCAUAAUCUCUUGGCUUAUAAUGUCUCAUACUAAUGUGUGAUCUCAAUAUUAUUUAUUAAUUGCAAUAAAAUUGUUCAAGAAGUAAUUAA